AUGGAAAUGAAGUACCUGAACAGAGUAAUGGGAGUGACUAGAAGGGAUAGGCUCAGGAAUGAGAAAAUUAGAGAGGAAUUGCAAGUGGAGUCAUUGGAAGAAUUCAUAGAGAGAAGACAACUGGAAUGGUGGGGACACUUGAAUAGGAUGGAGGAGGAUAAGCUGACAAGAAGAAUUUGGGAGGCCAAGGAAGUUAGGAAAAAACGACGGGGAAGACCAGAAAAAAGCUGGAACGAAGUCAUUGCGGCUAUUUUGGAGAUGAAGGGAACAAAUGUGACUACAGCAAGACGUGUGUCGAAGGAUAGGAAAGGAUGGAGUGAAUUUUCGAAGCAAUAG